CGAUAAAUUUAAAUAGUAGACUUACAAUUUAAUAGAAACAGAGUAAAGAUGGAGGAUACUUUGCACGAUGAAGCAUGGAAAGAUUCAUUUGAUAAAUUAUUGGACCCCCGUCCGCAACUGCGAAUUCUUAACAUAAUUAAAACGAAUGUUAGAGCAUCCUUUAACCUUGAUUCCAGUGUAGAAAACAGCAACCACAGCAUUUUAGAAAUCAAUGAGCCGGGCCGGCCAAAGCAACAAAUUUUAGAUAUAUGUGAUGAUUUAAAUGAAGUGGGAAAGCGCUCAAUUUCAACGCCAUUUGGAAAACGUUUAGGCGCUGAUUUAUUUCACUGCGGAAUAUCUCCUAUCACGGGAAUGAAGCUUGACGGAUUUGGUGGUAACACUGAGAAACAACAAGACCGUGUGCAGGCAGAGCUGCAUAUAAAAAAACGAGUAUGCUUCGAAAUAGAAUCCAAGAAUACAAUCGGUAAUUUGAACGAAUUGAAUUCUAAAUUCAAGAACAGGCACUCGAAAAAGAAAUCUGACGAGCGUGGACUUGGAAUUCGGUCUUCACUUGUUUUACAGCCAGGAAAGUGGCGAAAAUCUCUGAGUUCUUGGCGCCGAACGCAAGUAGUUGAAACCACUCUAAACAUAAGCGCAAACUCACCUUUACUCACUGCCCGCGCAUCUACGCAUGUCAGGACCUCUAGUUCAGUUAGCCAAGGACGUAAAUCGAUAUUUUUAAAUGACUGUAAUAAUAUAAUUAUUGAUUAUGAGAGCCAAGUCCUGAAACAUUGCGAUCAGCGUAAGCCGCUUCGAUUUGACGUUGUAUAUGCACAAUCCAAAAUGUUAAAUGCCAAAAAAAUAGGCGAAGGUGCUUAUGGCGAAGUGUUUAGGUAUACUAUGAAACGGAAAAAAGGAGAUACUCAUAACUCUGACGUGGUCCUAAAGGUUAUACCUAUUGAAGGUUCCACUGAAGUUAACGGAGAACUGCAAAAGACCUUUGCACAAAUAUUGCCAGAAAUUAUAAUUUCUAAAAAAAUGUGCAGUCUACGAUUAGGAAAAAAUAAUACUACUGAUGGAUAUGCAAAUAUAUACAAGGUAUCAUUAGUUAGAGGAAAGUAUCCGGAACAUUUGAUAAAACUUUGGGAAUGUUACGACGAUGAAAAGGAAUCUGAAAAUGAUCAUCCUAUAAUAUUUACAGAUGACCAACUAUUUAUAGUUUUAGAAUUGAAGUUUUCUGGAGAAGACAUGUCCAACUUUAAAUUUGUAAAUGCUGAACAAUCGUAUUAUGCAUUGCAACAGAUAAUUUUGGCUCUGGCAGUUGGCGAAGAAGAGUGCCAAUUUGAGCAUCGUGAUCUUCAUUGGGGCAACAUAUUAAUCGAACCAGCUACUGUGAAAGAAAUUUCGUAUAAAUUUCAUACCAAGGACCUGACAGUUUUUUCGAAAGGGGUGAAAAUUACAAUCAUUGACUACACUCUAUCAAGAAUAACUAUUGACGAAUUUUGCAACUUUAAUGAUCUGUCUUCCGAUGAGGAACUGUUUGCUGCGUCAGGAGACUAUCAAUAUGAUAUUUACCGACUGAUGCGGGAUGAGCUCAAAAAUAAUUGGGCUUCAUUUGCGCCUAAAACAAAUGUGCUUUGGCUGUCUUACGUAACUGCAAAACUAAUUAAUGGCAUCUUUUAUAAGAGCGCCAACACGAAAAUCCACAGACUGUACAUUGAGAAGCUAAAGAAAUUUCAAAGUACAAUACUGUCGUUUGAAAGUGCCACCCAUUGUGUCAAACAUGUCUUUGAUUUGAAUUAGCAUUUACUUUGCAUAUAUUAAUUAUAUUUUAAAUAAAAUUUUUUAUUUUUAAA